AUGGCUGGAAGCCAAAAGCCUAUGCACGAAGUCCAAGCGAGACUAAACACAACCGGCCCACGGCCGGGCCCUCCCCUCCCCGGCACCCUCACCCAGGACCUACCAGCAGCUCGCAGCGCUAAGGCACGACACCAGCACCCGAGGAGAAGGAGGAGGCCGGGCGGGCUGCGGGCCGCGCCAGAGCAGAGCGCCCCAGAGCUCCCGCCGAGCAGACCCCGGCCCCGCCGCCACCAGCUUUUAAACCGCCCCCGCGCCGCCCAUUGGCUGCUUCGACCGACGCUCCGCAGCCGAUUGGCCCAGCGCGCGUUACCACGGCGACGGCGUGCCCCGCCCCCCCGCCCCCACCGGAGCGUCACAGGGCGGAGCUCGAGCGGCCGCGGUGCAUUGUGGGGCGGCGGUGCGGCCUGGCCGGUAAACAGGGCGGGGGGGCCGGGUUGGGGGGUCCGGGGGUGGCUGGUUCGGGGGGUCCGGAGGUGGCUGGUUCGGGGUCCGGGAGGGACGCCUGAGCAGCCGCUUUGGGCCCCGAAGGCCGCUCUGCACUCGGGUCCUGCCGGGCCGGGCCGGGCCCUGCGGCCCCGGGCCCAGGUUCGCGCCGUGCGGGCCCUUCCGGCUGCCCCGGCCUGUCCGGGGGCUCAGCCCCUCGCUGAGUCCCUGUCCCCCUCUUGGCGGCCUGGGGAGGCCCGACCGUGCGUUGCCGUGCGGAGCUGCUGCGGUUCGUCCCCAUCCUGCUGCGUAUCGGCUGGAGACACACACGUCAAGAACGCAUAA